AUGUCCGCCGUCAGCAAGGUUUUCGCUCGUCAAAUUUUCGAUUCUCGUGGUAACCCCACUGUUGAAGUUGAAGUCACCACCCCCAAGGGUGUCUUCCGUGCUGCUGUCCCCUCUGGUGCCUCCACUGGUAUCCACGAAGCCGUCGAACUCCGUGAUGGUGACAAGAAUGCCUACAUGGGCAAGGGUGUCCUCAAGGCUGUUGCUAACGUUAACGACAUCAUCGGUCCCAAGUUGAUCGCCGAAAAGAUCCCCGUUACCGAACAAAAGAAGAUUGAUGACUUCCUCAUCAACCUUGACGGUACUGCCAACAAGGGUAAGCUCGGUGCUAACGCCAUCCUCGGUGUCUCUCUCGCCGUUGCCAAGGCCGCUGCUGCCGAUAAGGGUGUCCCUCUCUACGUCCACUUCGCUGACCUUGCUGGUUCCAAGAAGCCUUUCGUUCUUCCCGUCCCUGCUUUCAACGUUAUCAACGGUGGUUCUCACGCUGGUAACAAGCUCGCCAUGCAAGAAUUCAUGAUUCUCCCCACUGGCGCCAAGUCUUUCCGUGAAGCCAUGAAGAUCGGUUCCGAAGUCUACCACAACCUCGCCAAGGUCAUCAAGGGUAAGUACGGUCUUGAUGCCACCAACGUUGGUGAUGAAGGUGGUUUCGCUCCCAACAUCCAAAACAACGAAGAAGGUCUUGAACUCCUCGUCCAAGCUAUUGAAAACGCCGGUUACACUGGUAAGGUCAAGAUUGGUAUGGAUUGUGCCGCCUCCGAAUUCUACAAGGAAGGCAAGUACGAUCUUGACUUCAAGAACCCCAACUCUGACAAGUCCAAGUGGAUCGACGGUAAGGAACUUACCGCCCUCUACAAGCGUUUCGCUGAAAAGUAUCCUGUUGUCUCCAUUGAAGAUGCUUUCGAUCAAGAUGAUUGGGAAAACUGGACUCACUUGAAGCAAACCUCCGAAUUCCAAUUGGUCGGUGAUGAUCUUUUGGUCACCAACCCCAAGCGUAUUGUUACCGCCAUUGAAAAGGAUGCCUGUAACGCUCUCUUGUUGAAGGUCAACCAAAUCGGUACCGUCUCUGAAUCCAUCCAAGCUGCUCUUGACUCCCAAAAGGCCGGUUGGGGUGUCAUGGUCUCUCACCGUUCCGGUGAAACCGAAGAUACCACCAUUGCUGACCUCGUUGUCGGUCUCCGUACUGGUCAAAUCAAGACUGGUGCUCCUUGCCGUUCCGAACGUCUUGCCAAGUACAACCAACUUCUCCGUAUUGAAGAAGAACUUGGUGACAACUGUAUCUAUGCUGGUGAAAACUUCCGCAAGGCUCACGAACUCUAA